AUGGCGGAGAACGUCGUAGAAGUCGAUUUAAAAAUCGAGUUUUCUCUGAAAAAUUUUGAAACUAAGAAAGGAAGAGAUACUACACUUACAGAAAUCAAGAAAAAUGUAUGUGCUCUCUUAAACACUGACGGUGGGAGGCUUGUGUUAAUAGCGAACGAUGCCACGGACGACAACACGAUUAAUGCUGACAUUGUCGUUCGUCCUAUUGAGCAGCAAUUUAAAAACAUAAUUGGCUCCGGCGUACACUACAAGUUUGAUGUCGUGGAACAAACGAACAAUAAGAUUACAUUAGACAUACAACGUCUACCGAAAUUGUGUACUUUGACUACCAAUUUAUUUUUGCCAACAAAUACAGAAAUACAAUUGUUUCCUGCUACGGAGCAAAAUACCCUAAAACACAUAUUGUUCGAACGGUGUAUUGUGGAGAUUUCAGAACAGACAUUGCCUGAACAGUUUUCCUCGGGUAGUAAAUGUGGUAUUCGUGAAUCGAAGACUGUCCAAUUCAAAUGUCUUAAAACAGAAAAAAAAGGGAAAACGGACUUUGCUGAUCGAGUUAUUAACAAUAAGUUCACUAGUACAAUAUCUAGCUUUGCCAAUGCCUCGGGUGGAAACAUCUUUUACGGGAUCAAGGACGACGGUACUGUUGAUGGAGUACCGUUGUCUGAUCCGGAGAAGGAGGAGAUAACGAAGAAGCUCGAUGCAGAAGUUCGAAAGAUGAUAUGGCCAGAAGAAAUCAAGCGUGGCAAACAGUGGGAUAUAAAUUUCGUUCCUUGUGACAGCGAGUCAAUGUUUGUGAUGGUGAUAUCUGUUUCCCCUUGCAUUGGUGGUGUUUUCACCAAGGAACCAGAAAGCUACUAUGUUGAAGACGGUGAGGUGAAGAAAAUGCCCUUCGACACUUGGAAAAGAAACGUGUAUUAUAAAGUGGCAAAGCCGGUGUCGGAAUUAGAGAGAAGCAACUCGAGCUCGAAAAAAAGCAGAAGAAGUUACUUGGAAUUAACUCAAUGUUUGAAAUGCUAUAGACAACUUGGAAGAUGGAAAACAAUUGAAAAUAAAUUGAAAAUAUUAAACGAGCAGAGUGAUUUACUCGUGAACGCUAAACUGGUUUAUCUCUUUCAAUCUGUCAUCAUAAAUUAUCGCCAGGGUAAUUUUGAAGGCGCAGAAAAGUACCUGAAUGAAUUUAGAACAACAGCGAAUAGUGCUGAGGACAAAUCGAUUCUUGAUGUUGAAGAACGAUAUCUUACGUCAGCUAUCGAGUGUUUUCGCCGUGACAAUGAAAAAGCUGGGAGUAUAAUUCAACAGGGCUUAGCGUUAGCUGAAAAUGCUCCAGCUGGUUUCGUGCCUGCUUCUUUUUAUGCCCACGCUGCGUCAGUUCUCAGUUAUUUAGUUAACGACGAAUCCUUCAUCGGCGAGAGCAAGGACCAGAACGCGAAGGAUCUCGAAGUACAUAAGCACAUUGAGCGCGCUAAAGAUCUUUGCUACAAGGCGCUUCAACAUCUAACAUACAUCGAGAAUGACUUUGAAAUCGCUAGAGAAGAGCUCAGACGGAGAAUAAGCAUUACGUUGGCGUUAUUGUAUUUGCGACCAAUAGACCAUGUGCCGAUUUCCAGUUCCGACAUCGACAUCGUUGCAGCCACGAUAAGUGAAUCAGAACAAUCUUUGCUGAAGCUAAAGGGAACGCCACGAUUUGCUUACAAGUACUGUCGCCUAUUAAUGGUCAAAUCUGACCUUUGCCUUAGAAAAUAUCAAUUAAUGCCGACAGAUGCCGGAAUUGAACUUGUGGAAAAGUCUUUGGAAUAUGUUCAGGAAGCUCAAGAACUAGCAAGAACUAGCAAGAACUAG